AUGCCUCCCAAAAAGAAGGUGCGUGGCAGCGUCUCUGCUGUCGCAACGCCGACGCCAGCUCGCGACGAAGAUGCCAUGGAUGUCGAUACCCCAGCUGCCGAUACUCCUGUAGCGAGCGCCCCUCCAGUGAAGCCUUCUGCAGAUGAAUGGCCAAAUAAUCUUUGGACCGACGAUCAGCUUUCAUCACUCUACAAAGGAGUCAUCCGGUGGAAACCAGCGGGCAUGCACAAACAUUUCAGAAUGAUUGCUAUCAGCGAGCACUUGCGGAACCACGGCAUUGACCCCGACUUCUACACCCACACACGUAUCCCCCACAUCUGGACCAAGCUACGUACCUUAUAUGACCUUAAAACGAUCGACCAGCGAGAAGACUUCUACGACGCCCAAGAGGAUGACAAUUACGACGAUCGUUUCAAGGAGUUUUCUCUCCCCUACGAUGAAUUCGACGAGAUGAUGAUGGAGCGUCGCCUAGCCGAUCCCAGCGAACCUCCAACCUCACCACCAGAGUUCGAGCUCACACCACCUCCGCCGUCCCCGGGUGGUAGCAAUGCUGGCGGGAACACCAGGCGGAGGAAACGCGCUUCCACAAUUACCAAGACUCGCGCUAGCACCGUUGAGGAUACGGAAGAUGCUGGCACAGAAACUGCGUCGCCGCCGCCAAAAUCGGCGCGGGUGGCCAGGAGUCAAAAGAGGGCUGCUGGGAAGGCCAAGGCUGAGAAAGCUGAGAAGGUCGAGGAGGCUGAAAAGCCGAAAAGGAAGCCAGUAAGGGCAGAGAAACCCAAGAAGGGUGGUAAAGCUGGCAAGGCUGAAAAGGCCGACUCGACGAACUCAGAAGAUAACGACGAUGACGAGAACUCGGACGAGGAUGAGGACGACUCGGAUUCUAAUGAUGAAGAGCAAGAUGGUCACAAAGAGGAAGAAGACGGCGAAGAUGGAGAUGAAGUGGACGAAGAAGAGGAAGGCGAUGGCAGCGGUUCCGAUGAAAGUGGAGACUCCGGCGGCUCUGGAGAUUCUGAUGAGGGAGACGAGGAGGAAAACCACGAAGAGGAAGAGGAAAGCGCCGAGGACAGCGGGACACCGGUGUCGCGGUCAACGAGAGGGGCUGCUCGAGGUCGCGGCAGAGGCAGGGGCCGAGGCAGAGGACGGGGCCGGGGACGUUAG